AUGGCAGAAUCGGAAAAUCAUGGAAACUGGCUUGUCUGUGCAAUGACCAUUGUAUGGGUUUGGUCGACGUUGAUUUUCUUCGUUCGUGUUUGGGCAAAAGUCACUGCCAAACGCUGGGGUGCUGAAGACUAUACGAUAUCCGUUGCGUUUUUGGUCUCUACAAUGGAUAUUGUGCCGAUAAUGUCAGCAAUUCAUCGAGGAUACGGUCUGCCAAUGGAUCUAAUUCCACCCGAGGAUCAACUUGUAGUUACACAGUCUCUCUACGCCAGUCAGCAGCUCUACAUCUUCGCCUUGGGACUUUCCAAGAUAUCUACGGCACUCUUUGUCAUACACUUGGCGUAUUCGGGUCCCCAGAUUAGACCAGGUUAUGUUCUGGUAGGGGUCACCGCGAUAUGGACAGUAGGCUCUAUGCUUGUAGUCGCCUUGAGAGGCCACCGGCGCCAUCCGUGGCAAACGCUGGAUGGAACGACAACCAUGUAUAUCCGGUGGAUCGUCGUAGAGGCUACCGGUCUCAUUAUCGAGUUUCUCUUGAUCCUGCUGUCCCUGAGCCUCGUUAGCAGCUUGCAACUCAAGGCACAAAAGCGCCUUGUCAUCUUGUCUGCUUUCGCUGCUCGCUUAUUGCUGAUUCCUCUCGUUGCUGCGCGGCUCUGGUUACUCUCGCCAGGCGUCAACUCGAAUCCGACUGACACGAGCAUUGUACCGAGCAUAAUCACCCAAGCCACACUGCAUUUCUCUGUCCUGUCCGCAUCCAUCACAUCGCUUCGCCCCUUUUUGCGAACAUUUCAUAUGGACUACAAAUGGGACAGCAAAGUGACGUCAAAGCGCAACUACUCCUCCACGGGGUAUACGACAACAGGGCCCUCGGCAAAAAAUGUCUAUGGAACUUCUUCACAGAGCGGUCAGGCUGAUAGACACUGGGCGGACGACUUCACGGAUCCGUCUGGCACAGACGCCCAUUUCCUAAACAGGCCAUCGACAGGAGGCACCGCGAGAAACAACGAUGGCAUAAUAGCGUGGGCACAUGUCGACGAGAUCCAAAUGCGCCCGCCGUUCCCGGCAAAGGCAAUGGUCAUUCGGAAGACGGUGGAUUGGACAGUGGAGUACGAGCCAAAUACCAAUUUCUGA